AUGCCUGGACUUCAAAACAACGCCUACGCUGCCGUGUCGAUCACUUGGGGAGCAGCCCUCAUCGCGGUGAUCCUGAGGAUCUACGCGCGGCGACUAACGAAGCAGACCUGGUGGUUCGAUGAUUACUUUUGUGUCUCUGCAUUUGUGUUUGGCAGCGCGUACAACAGCGUCAUCAUCGUUUGGGCUAUCGACUGGUAUCUCGGCCAGGAACUCGAUCCGACUCUCUCCAACCAGCAGAGAGAGCGCAUCCUCCUGUACAACAGGCUCCUCAUGCUGUGCACAGAGUACUGCUACGCCUUCUCCAUCGCGUCGUCCAAGUUCACCAUCCUAAGCCUCUACUGGCGCCUCUUCAAACACUCAUCGAUCAGGGUGCCGAUCCAGAUCAUGCUAACGGCCUCUCUCGCCUGGAUUCUCCUCCGAAUAUUCAUGGUCUCGCUGCAGUGUAUCCCGCUCAAGUUCUUUUGGGACAAGUCUAUCAAUGGCCGCUGCGGCAUUGACGAGUCGCAGUUCUUCUUUGGGACGGUCUUGACCCAUUUUGUCAUGGAUAUUAUAAUACUCAUCUUGCCUAUCAUUGAGGUUAGGAAGCUGCAUAUGAGACUUGGAAAGAAGCUGGCUGUCAUCGGCCUCUUCCUGAUCGGCUCUGUUGUCUGUGUUGCCUCGAUAAUCGUCCUCAUCGAGUCGAUCACGUAUGAUGAAAAGACUACACAAAUGCCUCGCGACGUUGCCCUCAACUUUAUCUGGGGAGACGUUGAGGUCAACGUCGCCAUCGUCUCUUCUUGCUUCCCUCUCCUCCGUCCCGUCUUCAGCCUCAUCCUCCCAAAGUCGUUCCUUAGCUCCUUUAGCAGCCGCCACCACACCAGCAGAGCGACGCGCAGCCACCACAUGAAGCUAGCCACGAUUCACAUACGGACGAACAAGGAGAAGGGAAACGACGAGUCAAGCUCGACGCAUCAGCUAGCGGAUCUGGAGCAGGGACAUGGGGCUGAGCCGAUCCAGACGGUUAUAUCUUCUCACCCGCGCAGCUCGCGGAGCUCGAGCAGUGGUGAGGGAGAUAUGGAGGGGAUUCAUGUAAGGAACGAUACGGUGGUGAAGAUAGUGCCUGCUUGUCACUUGAGAGGGUGA